CUCCUUUCACCCUCAUCACCACACAUCAUGUCGACUCAAAUCUCCAAGAAGAGGAAGUUCGUGGCUGACGGUGUCUUCGCCGCCGAGCUCAACGAGUUCUUCACCCGCGAGCUCUCCGAGGAGGGAUACUCCGGCUGUGAGGUUCGUGUCACCCACGCCCGCACCGAGAUCAUCAUCCGUGCUACCCACACCCAGGACGUCCUCGGUGACAAGGGCCGUCGCAUUCGCGAACUCACUGCUCUCGUCCAGAAGCGCUUCCGCUUCCCUGAGGGAUCCCUCGAGCUCUACGCCGAGAAGGUCCAGAACCGUGGUCUUCACGCCGUCGCCCAGUGCGAGUCGCUCCGCUACAAGCUCCUCGGUGGUCUCGCCGUCCGCCGUGCCGCCUACGGUGUCCUCCGCUUCGUCAUGGAGUCCGGCGCCAAGGGUUGCGAGGUCAUCAUUUCGGGCAAGCUCCGUGCCGCCCGUGCCAAGUCGAUGAAGUUCACCGACGGCUUCAUGAUCCACUCUGGUCAGCCCGUCCGUGACUUUGUUGACGAGGCUGUCCGCCACGUUCUCAUGAAGCAGGGUGUCCUUGGUAUCAAGGUCAAGAUCAUGUCCGGCUGGGACCCGACUGGCCAGGCUGGCAAGCCCUUCCCUCUCCCCGACGCCGUCACCAUCCUCGAGCCCAAGGAGGAGGCACCCAUCACCGCCCCCAUCUCCGAGUCUCGUCAGCCUGCCGCCUCCGAGGUUGUCCCCGGCCAGGCUUUCCCUGGUCAGGACAACGUCGCCCCUGCUGUCGCUGCUGAGGCACCUGGUCUCCAGGCCGGUGCCCCCGGCGCUGCCUACUAAGCGGCCAAGCGGCACGUGUUGCACUAGCAUGAUGACGACGGCGAUGCGCUAGCAGUGUCAUUACUUCUCUAGCCUUGUACUUUCUUCUCCUUUCUCCUUUUCAAUGUUCACGCCUGCGAUCGUCGUCGCAUCACACGAUCUAUCCACGCGCCCCUGCACCGUCUGCCCUCAGCGCUGCCCUCAGAAUGCGAACGAGGGAGCGAAUCUUAAGUGAAAGCGAAGCACGCUCGUGGUGGGAACGAGAUCAUCCAUUUCGAUUAAGGAUCGACUGCGUGGCGGGCUCGAAAUGUCGAUCGCUCCAGAUGGUGUUCUAGCCG